AUGAAUCACUUACUUGACCUGUCUCGAGUCUGGUACAUGUUCUUCAACGUAUUCGUUGUACUUCUUUGCCUUACGUUCUUGAAAAUCUUUCUGCGUUGCUGGAUAUUUCCAGUUCGAGCUCAAAAGAAGCUUAGAGAAAACGGAUUUAUCGGUCCGCCUCCUAGUUUUCCAUUAGGAAACCUUAAUGACAUGAAGAAGCUGAAAAUAGCCUUGGUGAUGGAUGAUGAGAAGAAGAAAUCUUCCACCAUAAUCAACCAUGACAUACAUUCCAUCGCGCUUCCACAUUUUGCUCGGUGGCAACAACAAUACGGAAAAGUGUUUGUGUACUGGCUAGGAAUAGAGCCGUUCGUGUACGUGGCGGAUCCCGAGUUCUUGAGUGUCAUGUCGAAAGGUGUGUUGGGGAAGAGUUGGGGAAAGCCAAAUGUUUUCAAGAAAGACAGAGAGCCAAUGUUUGGUACCGGUUUGGUUAUGGUCGAAGGCGAUGAUUGGAUACGUCAUCGCCACAUCAUCACUCCUGCAUUUUCCCCUCUGAAUCUUAAGACUAUGACAAAUAUGAUGGUGGAAUCAACGUCCAACAUGUUGGACCGGUGGGCUAUACAGAUAAACUCAGGCAAUCAAGAAUUCGACAUGGAGAACGAGAUCAUAGGAACAGCUGGUGAGAUCAUCGCCAAGACAAGCUUCGGAGUCACGGGAGAUAGUGGAACUCAAGUCCUCAAAAACCUAAGAGCCGUGCAAUUCGCUCUCUUCAACUCAAACCGCUACGUAGGCGUGCCAUUCAGUAACGUUUUGGGUUUCAAGCAAUUCACUAAAGCGAAAGCGUUGGGCCGUGAGAUCGACGGUCUCCUUUUGUCGAUCAUAAACGAACGGAAGAGAUCGUUGGUCAAAGGAGACGGCGACCACCACGAUCUUCUUGGAAUGUUACUUAAGGCCGAUAAAGGGAAGUUUACGGCGACGGAGCUUGUGGACGAAUGCAAAACGUUCUUCUUCGCUGGCCACGAGACCACGGCUUUAGCGCUUACGUGGACGUUUAUGCUUCUUGCGAUCCAUCCAGAGUGGCAAGAUACGAUCAGAGACGAGAUCAGACAAGUCAUCGGAGAUUCCGAGAUUGAGUAUAGCAAACUUGCCGGACUUAAGAAGAUGAGUUGGGUCAUGAAUGAGGUUCUCCGGCUAUACCCUCCGGCGCCAAACGCGCAACGGCAAGCUCGGAAAGAUAUUGAAGUAAACGGCAGAGUGAUUCCGAACGGAACAAACAUUUGGAUCGAUGUGGUGGCGAUGCACCACGACGUUGAGCUGUGGGGGGACGACGUCAACGAGUUUAAGCCGGAAAGAUUCGACGGAGAUUUGCACGGCGGAUGUAAGAGCAAGAUGGGUUUCAUGCCGUUUGGAUUCGGAGGGAGAAUGUGUAUCGGUCGGAACUUGACCACCAUGGAGUACAAGAUUGUCUUGUCGUUGGUUUUGUCCCGGUUCGAGAUCUCGGUUUCACCCGGUUAUCGUCAUUCGCCGAAGUAUAUGCUCUCUCUUAGACCCGGUUACGGUUUGCCUCUAAUUGUACGACCACUUUAG